ACAGCUGUGCUCAUUUAAUUUAUAAACAAAUUUUUGACGAACUAUAAAAAAAAAGACGCGUGGUGUGUGUAGAAACGUAACGAUUAAUAACAGAAGAUGGGUGUACCAGCAUUCUUUCGGUGGUUGUGUCGGAAGUACCCUUCUAUAAUAGUGCAAUGUAUAGAACAGAAGCCGAUAACUAAGAUGCGUGUACGUGUGCCUGUGAAUUCGGCAGAACCAAAUCCAAAUGGAAUUGAAUUUGACAACCUAUAUCUUGAUAUGAAUGGCAUUAUACAUCCCUGCACUCAUCCACAAGAUAAGCCAGCACCAAAUAACGAGGAAGAAAUGAUGGAAGCAAUUUUUGAAUGCAUUGAUCGCAUAUUUUGCAUCGUAAGACCAAGAAAAUUGCUUUAUAUGGCAAUUGAUGGAGUUGCACCUAGAGCAAAAAUGAAUCAACAAAGAUCAAGACGAUUUAGAGCUUCGAAAGAAGCACAAGAAAAAAAUAAGGAAAUAAAGGAAAUACGUUCUACAUUAAUUCUCCGUGGAGCUACUUUACCUCCAGAAAAAUCAAAAGAAGAGCUUUUUGAUAGCAACUGUAUUACACCAGGCACACCAUUUAUGGCAAGAUUAUCAAAGUGUUUACAUUAUUAUAUACAUGAUCGUUUAAAUAAUGAUCCUGGUUGGAGAAAUAUAAAAGUAAUUUUGAGUGAUGCAAAUGUACCAGGUGAAGGAGAACAUAAGAUAAUGGAUUUUAUACGUAGACAAAGAGCACAACCUGAUUACGAUCCUAAUACGCAGCACGUUUUGUGUGGAGCCGAUGCUGAUUUAAUUAUGUUGGGUCUUGCAACUCAUGAACCUAAUUUUACUAUUAUUCGUGAAGAAUUUAAACCAAAUAAACCAAAGCCAUGCGAUAUAUGUGGUCAAUUAGGACACGAAAUGCAGGAUUGUACAGGUUUAGAAGUCGAUGAGACAGGAGGAGAAAAUGAUUUGGGAUCUGAAUGCCAGUACAUAUUUGUACGGUUAAAUGUACUCAGAGAAUAUUUAAAGAGAGAGUUGUACAUGCCUGCUCUACCGUUUAAAUAUGAUUUCGAGCGAGUUAUUGAUGACUGGGUGUUCAUGUGUUUCUUUGUAGGAAAUGAUUUUCUUCCUCAUCUUCCAUCUUUGCAGAUUAGAGAAGGGGCAAUUGAUAGACUUGUUAGUAUGUAUACGAAGACACUAUAUAAAAUAGAGGGAUUUUUAACAGAUAGUGGAGAUGUAAAUUUAGACAGAGUACAACUUAUACUGUCUGAAUUAGGUGAUGCUGAAGACGAAAUUUUCAAGAAAAGGCAAGAGAAUGAGAUAGCUUUUAAGCAACGUGAACAUGCCAAAAAGAUGAGGUUAUCAGUCGGCAAUAAUAGGCCAAAGUGGAUUCCUACAGGACAGUUUGCACCUAUUCCUAUUGGUGAACGUGUUAAGCCAGUACAAAAUGCACGUUACGAAGCUUAUCAGAUGCGUGUUCAUAAUCGAAGUUAUCACACAGAUGAAAAAAGAAAUGAUAAACAGAAUUUAGAAAGUAUGGUGUAUCCAGAGAAGUCGACUAAUCGAGAAAACAAACGUAGAAAUGAUACACCUGAAGUUAUCAUGGAAGAACCCUACGAUGAAGUGAGAUUAUGGGAGGAAGGCUUUAAAGAUCGUUAUUAUGAAUCAAAAUUUGACGUUUCUCCUGAUAAUUUGGCAUUCAGAAAUAACGUAGCACUGCAGUAUGUUCGAGGUUUAUGUUGGGUUUUACGAUAUUACUAUCAAGGUUGUGCUUCGUGGAAGUGGUACUUUCCAUAUCAUUAUGCUCCAUUUGCUAGUGAUUUUAUAAAUAUUGGUGGCCUUUCUACUGAGUUUGAAAAAGGAACUACCCCAUUCCGCCCAUUAGAGCAAUUGAUGAGUGUAUUUCCAGCAGCUAGUAGUAAACACGUUCCUCCGACAUGGGCAAAAUUAAUGAGUGAUCCAAGAUCACCGAUUAUUGACUUUUAUCCGGAAGAUUUUAAGAUUGAUUUAGAUGGUAAAAAAUUUGCUUGGCAAGGAGUAGCUUUACUUCCAUUUGUGGACAUGAAACGAUUGUUCAAGGCAUUGGAACCGUAUUACGAUUCUCUAUCAGAAGAAGAAAAAAAACGAAAUAUUCGAGGAGAUGACCGGUUAUAUGUAGGAUUCAAUAAUAGUGGUUACAAUUUUAUAAAGGGACUUUAUACGAAUUAUGUCGGUUUUGACAUAGAAACUUCAAUACGUAUAGAAGGUAUACGAGGCACAGUUUUAUUAGCUGAAGAUUGUGUUGGAGAUGGUGCUACUCUAAAUUCACCUGUAAAUGGACGACCAGUCAGGAAUAAUAAAGUAUAUUGUGUUAGAUUCAGAGAUCCAAAAUAUAGUAGUAAUUUCAUUUUCCCCGCGAGGAAGUUAAAGGGGGCCAGAGAGCCACCAAGAGUUUUAAAACCACAAGACUUUGAUGAAAUAAAUCGUACUACUGGCAACACUUGGAAACCGCAAAUUGGUUUUACUCCUUCUACACAAGAGGCUUCAUUAAGCGAAGCAGGCCGAAGAAUACUUGGACAUUACCUUGGGCAUCACGGUUACCAGAGUACAGACUAUGACAGAAGACACAACAGCGCAGGAUCUAGCCAACUGGGAAUAAUGCCGAUUCCACGGGCGAGAAUGUAUCCAGCGCCUUAUAAUUAUCAGUCUUAUCCGAAUUACCAACAUCGCGAUAACUACAAUCUUCAUCUGCAUGGACGAAACAAUUAUCAGAAUCCACAGUACAAUAAUUACGGAUCACAAUCGCAUCAGCAUCGGAAUUAUUCCUCUUACUACCAAGGGAAUAACGGCGAAGGCGGAGGAAACAGAGAUCAAAGAUGGUAGACAUUUCUCUGUUCACUUACAUUCAAGCAAUGCCAUCACGGAUCUACAAUUUAGAUUUAUAAGAAAUUCACGUUUCAUUUAUAAUCACAUAGGAUCGUGGAGAUAUGUUUAAGGUCAUGUAUUUGUCAGAUUGCGAUUAACAAACGGCGAUAUUACUCUUUCUUAUUAUUCAUUGUAUACCUACAUUACCGAAAUAUGAAAGGUAUAAAUCAUUUUUUGUUAAGAAGUUCACGGACUUUUUGUGCAACGAGAGUAUUAUCGCCUGUAUAGCAUUUAGACGAUUAACAUAAUCCUGUUUACUGGCGAGGUAUAUAGUAGUUGCAUAAUAUGAUCUGUGAUGGUAACUAUUAUUCACAAUUUAGCGAUGUAAGAACGUAUCAAGUGUAAUUUUAUGCAACUCCAAACUAAACACACACAUGCACACAAAGCCACAGACAUACACGCACACAUUAACACACAAACAUACGCAUACAAAAAAGAACUGUAUGAUAUUAAGUAUUGUUAAAGAUUGCGCCUCGAUUAUGAAGAUUCAAGUGUAAUCGGAAUGACGUUUUUUUAAGCGAGCACAAUCUGUUAACAGAAAUAUCAUUGUACAAUCAAAAUUCGAUCAUAUUACGUGUAUUUUUGAAUCAUACGGUUAUUGUUGAUUAGAGCAAUCUAAUUUUCUUUGUUACGAUGAUCAUCAUCAUGGCACAUUGACAAAUACAUUAAUUGUAAAAUGAAUUUUAAACGCGGAUUUCGACGAUACAUCUUCAUACGUCGUUGAUGUAGAAACUAAACCGUAUAUUCUGAAUUACGAUGUGACAAAUGAUUGUAAUACAAAAUAUACUUGCGAACAAUGGCGAUCGUUCAUUCCCUUUAGAUCUCGCCAUUUUUUAUGAAAAUAAGUAAGACGAUGGAAGAGAUAGAAACGUUAAUAAAAUUGGAAAGUAUUUGUUCGUUAGGCGGUAUAGUGACGAAGGAUUCUGUUUGUGAAAAAUUUUAAUCUUGAUAGGCAUCGUUUGCGACAGAUUCAAUUAUAUCAUGUACCUAUCGUUCAUACAUACCAUUGAUAACUGAUCGAAGUGGACACGUACAUCCUUAUCAUUAUAACUCGUCACACGUGGAGAUUUCUUGUACGA